AUGGCAGGAAAAUAUAAUGGAGUUCAAUCUAAAAUUUGUCAGAUAAAUGAAUUAGCAAGAUUUGUUCCAUGCACAGCCCAUAGUCUCAAUUUAAUUGGAUUUCAUGCGGCAAAUGUAACUCAUUCUAUGGUAACAUUUUUUGGUGUUGUGCAACAAAUCUUUGUAUACUUUUCAGGUUCAACAUCAAGAUGGGAAAGGUUAAAUACAGUUACAAAAGUUACAUUAAAGUUACAUUCGAAUAAACUAAAACUACCAUCAGACUUUCCAGAAACACAUAAAUGUAAAAAAAACCGUACGAGUUCUAAACUAGCUGAAGAUGAAGAGUGUAUGCUUACAUCAAAAGAAGAAUUUGAACGAGAAUGCAAUAUGGUAUUUGAUAGCAUUAUAUCUCAAAUUCAAUUGCGUUUUGAAAAACUAAAUAAUGUUAUUUCGGAUUUUUCAUUCUUAAUAGGCAAAAAUCUACAAUUAUGGUCCACUGAAUAUUUAAAAAAAUGUUCUGUUAACCUUGCGUUAAAAUACUCUAAAGAUUUAGAUGCAGCUGAAUUAUGUUCUGAGAUAGAAUGUUUUAAGUUCCAAGCUGCAUCAUUAAUAUCUGAUUUAUGUGAACAGUCACCACUCGAAAUUUUAAACUUAAUUCAUAUUUAUACUCUUAACGAUGCCUACCCAAACAUAGAAAUAGCUUUGCGCAUUUUUCUAACACUUCCCGUAUCCGUUGCUUCGUGUGAACGUAGUUUCAACAAAUUAAAAAUAAUAAAAAAUUAUUUACGAUCGUCCAUUGGCCAAGACCGAUUGUCUAAUAUGGCAAUAAUCUCAAUUGAAUCAGAAACAGCUAAUCAUUUAAAUUAUGAUGACAUCUUAGAAGAGUUUGCGUCUAUUAAAUCUCGCAAAAUAAAUUUUUAA